GCUCUGUGGCCAAAGCCUUCGUGGACGAAGAAAUCUUCAACUCUGCGUAUCAUGUCCUGAACCACCUUCCCGAUGUGAAGGCAUUGGCUGGUCUGGUGCCCGCAAAGAAGAAAUUUGAUGCCUUGUGCGUCCACGUGAAGAAGACAGACGCCUGUUGCAGCACGUGGAAGGCCACAAGAACUUGCCACUUUCUGGUCAUGCAGGAUGGUG